AUAAGAUUGUAGCAAGCUAGAACGCUCUCCGUUGUGGAUCAAGGAAGCAGUGAGAAACAACGGCGGAAGUGGGGAUCGUGCGCCAUUUUCUAUUUUUGUAUAGCAGUGAACUAAUGUUGUGUGUGUACAUUUUGUGUGAUAAAUCGAUGGAUUAUUAAUAAUUGACGGAGGACGUGUCGAUGUAAUGAAAUGAUAUUCGGAAACACGUGCUUCGAAUCUCACGCAAUUAAUUUUUUUUGCGUUUAUCUUCUAUAUAACUGUGCGUAAACCCGUAGCUCGUAGCACGUAAACACUUUUUCUUCAUUUCUCUUUUCAACGAGUGAGAGUGGCCAAGCCAUCGUAUUGGAACUGUUACUGGCAAUCGACAUUACUAUCAUUUUGUCCGAUCGCAAUUCUUUCCUUGCUUAAAGAUAAAACUGAGUAUAGAAAGGAAAACCAGUCUGUGAUACUAAACAGUACUAAGGUAUAUAGCUAGAAUAUAAACUCUUCAAUUAGAUGUACGUGUGUAUGGCGUAUGAGACGUAGAUAGAUCACAUAAAAGAUCUAAAAAAAAUAAAGUCCGUAUAGUGUGUGCUGUGAAUUUACCUUAUUCGAGGAAUAAACGUGGUGAAGAACAUAAUGUCUCAGGAAUCUGUGACAAAUGACAAACAACUAUCAACUUCCAAAGAUAAAGGAGAUGAAGCAAUUAUAUCUAUGUCGGUAGCCGGGGAAGUAACCGACACUUCAAUUAUGGAAGUAGGCCGUUCAAGACCUCAAUUCCAAUAUUCCCGGGAGGAAUUAAUGCUGAUAAAGAGUUUGCCAUUAUCUAAGAGGAGGCCUGAUUUCUUAGAUACCUCAUAUAACAAGUAUGUUUUAUCACCACCGAAAGAUGAAAGAACUGGACGCGGUGAUCAAGUUACUGAAAAUCAUAAUAAACGUCGUAAUGGAGAUCCACGUGAACGAAUUCGUAAGGAACAAGAUGGAAUAGUAUUGAGUCCUCAACGUAGAAGUUUUAAUUCAGGUUGUUUUGUCAACGUGAAUCAACCUUCGAAUCGACGUCCUGAAAGUCCAAUAGGAAAAACAGAGGUUAGCCAUAGAGAACCUGUUCGACGAAUUGGAAGCGGUAGAAUUUUAACUCGCGAUAUAUGGGACUUUAGACCAGAGAAUGAGAAAUUAGAACCUGCUUUUCGAUCUGGAGCAGGUGGUACUUCUAUGCGUGAUCGUGAUAACAGGGAUAUUCGUGAUGGAAAAGAUCGAGAGAAUGCGAGAGAAAGAGAUCGUGAUCGCGAUAAUUUGCGUGAACGGGAUGAGAGAAAUGAACGGUUCGAAAGAAGAUCUUUUGGUCGUGAUUAUAGUGAUAGAGAAAGGGAAAGAGAUCGAGAUAGAGCAACUGAACGGAAUGAUCGUAAUCAUCAAUCGGAACGUGAUAAGGAUCGCGGUCGCGAACGAAGAUUUAGUAAUGAUCGUAGACGAACUUAUAGCGAAAAUCGUAGUGAUGCGGAUGAACCAGAAUGGUUUAGUUCCGGACCAACAUCUCAACAUGAUACUAUUGAAUUAAGAGGUUUUGAAGAUAUCCCCGAAGAAAAAGCGGUGAACAAUAACAAUAGCAAUACUAAAAAUAAAAAACAAACUCCAGUCCAGAAAAAGCGCGGAAAGAAAAACUCAUUGGAAAAAGAUGAAAAGCAAAACGAAAAUUCAACAGGUCCGAAAGGACGAAGUACACCGACUACAAUGGAUCAAUCUUUAAAUGUUGUAGCCGCGCCCCAUUCGCCGAUUUCAGAACAAAAUGAAUCAUCAUCUCUUGUACAAAAAACUAAUCACGAUUCUAAUGUGAGUGCCAUGACUGAACAAAGUUGUGAGACAACGGAUAAUUCUAGCACUAUUAAUCAAAACCAAGAGGAUAGUCAUCCUGAUUUCAAUCUUGAUGAAUUUUUAAAAUCUGAUACAUUCCCUGGCGUACCUGGACUUUUAACUAAUGGAGUCGGUUCAAAUGGAGGUUCUUGUUCCCGAUUUAGUCAAUGGUUUAAAAGAGAAAGUCCAGUUCAACAAGUGGAUAGUCGUAGAACUUCUAUACAGGAUGAUAUAUUGAACAAUCUUCUUAAUGAUAUUACUGAGCCAAAUAUUCAAAUUCCGUCAGUGACAGAAUCUAAUACAUAUUUUGCUCCCAUUUCCCCUGCUAAUACAACAACAACAAAUAAUACUACAUCUAACACUACUAGCGUAAAGCUGCUAGAAAUGUUGCAGCGUGGAAACAAAUCAAAUCAAAAUGGACAAGGAGAUGCAACUAAUACUGUUAUACCAAUGAUGAAAAGUUCAUCCAUUAAAGAUAUGGAAGUUGGUGGAAAAGUUGUGCAUAGCCUUGAAGAAUUAGAAGCACGUAUGCGGGGUGGCGUUCCUCCACCUACUUCUUCGACUGAUCAACCUCAUGUAAAUAAGACUGAAGAAGAUCUCUCUGCGUUUAAAAAAUUGCUUGCUCAAGUAACUGGAGGACAGGCUAUACCAGCAGCAAACGGUCCUAUUUCACAAAAACAACCUGUAACACUAAUACAAUUACUUAACUCACAAUUAAAAACACAACCAAUUGCUCCCCAACAAUCAGUCCCGGAACCAAUGCAUACUACAACAUUUAAUCAUGUUGGUUCUCUUGGGCCAACUCAACAUCCACAUCAGGCACAAAUGCAACAUGAAAAUUUAAUGAAAGUAUUACAGAUUCAACAACAACAGAAACAACAUCAUCAACAACAACAGCAUUCAGAUAUGUUAUCUAUGAUGAUGGGUGGUCAACGAAUGUUAGGUAUGAGUCCCGUUCCUCCGGAAAUGCAAAUAAUGUUGAGUAAUGCUCCAACAAGUCAAGAACUUCUCCAAAGACCGGAAGCUCAAGCAAUUAUUCAAGGUCUACAACAAGGAGAAAUAACUAGACAACAUCUCAUACAGCAAUUACAGAAUCCAGCCAUGCAACAUCGUCACAGGGAAGUCUUAGUAAAUAUUUUGAAAAUGUAUGGUGGCACUACGCCGCGUACUAUAAGUCCGCAUCCUAGUGCACCUACACCUCAAGAUCAUAUUUUGCAACAAAUGUUAUAUCAGCAGCAACAACAAAGGAUUCCAUCUCCUAUGAAUAAUGCUUAUUGUCCACCUUCAAUAAUAUCUCCAAAUUUGACUGCUAGUCCAAGUACAUUAACAGUACAGCAUCCAGUGAUGCAGCAUAGGGUUCCUUCACCGCGGGAAAUUGUUAUGCAUGCUCAAUCUAUAAUGCAAAGUGCUUUAAUUAAGAAAAAGUUGGAGGAACAACGUGAAAACUUCCGAAAGCGACAAGAUCAACAGCAACAGCAACAACAACAACAAGCUCAACAAAGAGCAUCAAGUCCUGUUAACUCACCAGCAAAACAAACUAUGAGUCCAACACCACUUGCUUUUACUCCGACAUCAGUGUUACGUAAAAUGACUGCCGAUAAGGAACCUGAGGGUAAUAGUAAUGAUCCAUCGAAAUUGGGAACUCAAUCGCAAACAUCUCAAAUGCAACAAAUGCAAUCUGCAGUUCAAUUAUUGACACAAGGAGUUCUUUCUCGACAUAAUACUUUACGGCCACAGUCUGUUCAAUCUACUUGGUCAAAUCCAACUAUAAAACAACAUCCAGGUCGACCUAUAGUAAAAGGUGGUGGUGGUGGUGGUAGUGGUAAUGGUGGUAAUCAAUUCCAAUAUGGUGGAAACUCAGAUUUCCAACAGCAACAACAACAACAACAACAACAUAGAACGGUUUCAAGCGUGUAUGGUAAUCCUGCACGCUCCAAACAUACCAUGACUAGUUCCAUAGCACAUCAUAAUGUUCCACAAUACAAUGUUGCUCAAAAUACAAUGAUAAAUCAAAGGUCGAAUAGUAUGAAUAAUCAAAUGAAGAUACAACAAGCUCCAUCACAUCUAGCUAAUAUGCAACAUCAACCACCGCAACAACAACAACGGAUUCUUAAUUCACAAAUGCAAAUGGUCUUAAAUCAAAACUAUAACUCCAGUCGUGCAGAUGGGCGAGUAAUGCGGUCGCAGCAAUUGAAUAUGCCCGUAGGUCGACAAGCAUCACCAGGUUUAGGAUACGUGGGUAGCAAUGGUGGAGAUCUUUCACCAACUUCAAAUCAAUUGGCACGAUGGUUUAGUCCAGAACUUCUUGCACAAGCUCGAGCUGGUAAGCUACCAGAGCUUGUCCAGACAAAUGUUUUAUCAUUGGAGGAAUUAGAAAGACUUCAACAUGCAUCAACUACAGUGCAUAAUUAGAUUUAUAUUAUAACUUUUCAUCUGUUUAAAUGCAAGCACAGGAUCCUAUCGGCGCAGUUUAUUGCUCUAAUAACUUAUAUAUUUUAAAUUAGAUGGCUUUUCAUAUUAAACAGUCAGUAUGAAGAUUCACUUUAAUUAAGAAGAAAUCCAUUUCAGUAAAGAAUAAAAAAAUCCUGCUUGCAUAUACAAAGUCAUUUAGGUAAUAAACCUUAAUGGAAGUAAGGUUUAGCUAUAUAAGAUCUACUUUGAUAAGAGACAUUUUGGACACGAUAGAUUAAUUGAACAGUAUUUCCUUUCUAAAGAUAGGAAAUAUUUUUUUCUUUUGAGUAACUUAUGGCUUAUUUAUAACAAAUUUUACAAAAGAUAUUAGUCAAAAAACUACAAAUGUACAGAGGAAUAUAAAAUAAUGAUAUAAAAUCGAAAAUAAUUAAAAAAAGAUAAGCCAUUUAAAAACAAAUCUAAUUGAACAUCUUUCUAUGAAAAAGAGAUUUAUUGCUUAUAAGACUGAAAAAAAAUAUAAAAAUUCUUAGUAUUGAAUAUGAAAAAACAAAAUAUUAUCUCACUAUGCAUAGUUUCUAAAUGGCAGUAAAAGUAGAAAUUAUUUGCCUAUGGACAGCAAGACUUUAUUUAUAAAUUACUGUAAUUAUGAUUCAAUUUUGAAACUUAUUUAUUAUUAUCGUGUCUUUACUUAUUAUUGAAUUGCAAUGUUAUUAAUUUAAUAACAUUUUUGACCAUUUAUUUUCUCAGCAUAAAGUUUGCAGAGUCCUUUAGGUAAAUAAUUAUGAUUAAACCUCAAGAAAGUUGCAAAUUGCAACAUAUGUGAAUACAGUUACAUAUACAGAAAAAAGUGUCAUAUUAUAUUCUACUUAUACUAUUACGGACAAUGUGGUCGUAUGAAUAGAAUGAACAUGCGAUAGCGAAACAAGAGCAAGUAUUCAUCAAAUCUUGCAUAUAUUAAGGAAAUAAAUAUAUAAUAUAUAUUACUUUGUAGAAGCACGCGUGAGAGUACUGUGUUAUUAUCAUGUUUGAAAGCGAAAGCUAAAACAAAAGCAGCCUUGGCAGAUAUAUAAAAAAAGCAUUUGCAAAAUUUAUA